AUGGCGGCGGCGGCGGUCCAUCGGCAAUGCGGCGGCGCGACGGUCACGCGCGCGCAGCAGCGGGUGGUCCGGUGCCGCGCGGCGGGUGGCAGCGUCGCCGCGGCGACGGCGCCGGCGUGCGCGCCGGUGGAGGCAGGGGCGCGGCGGGGCCCGGCGCGGAGGAGCGCGGCGACCGUGGCGGGCAUGUGGCGGCAGGUGCAGGGGUGCGACGACUGGGAAGGCCUGCUGGAGCCCGGCGUGCACCCGGUGCUGCGGGCCGAGUUGGCGCGCUACAGCGAGCUGGUGGACGCGUGCUACAAGGCGUUCGACCUCGACCCGGCGUCGCGGCGGUACCUCAACUGCAAGUACGGCCGGGAGCGGAUGCUGGAGGAGGUGGGCAUGCCCGGCGCCGGGUACGAGAUCACGCGCUACGUCUACGCGGCGCCCGACGUCACCGUGCCGACCAUGGAGCCGUCCACCAGCGGCCGCGGCCGGUGGAUAGGGUACGUCGCCGUGUCCACAGACGAGAUGACCCGGCGGCUGGGGCGGCGGGACGUGCUGGUCUCGUUCCGCGGCACGGUCACCCCCGCCGAGUGGAUGGCCAACCUCAUGAGCUCGCUGGAGCCAGCGCGCCUCGACCCCUGCGACCCGCGCCCGGACGUGAAGGUCGAGUCGGGCUUCCUCAGCCUCUACACCUCGGCGGACAAGACGUGCCGCUUCGGCGGAGCGGGGAGCUGCCGGGAGCAGCUCCUCCGCGAGGUGUCCCGCCUCAUCGACUCGUGCGCCAAGGACCGGCCCGGCGAGGACGUCAGCGUCACCCUGGCGGGCCACAGCAUGGGCAGCGCGCUGGCGCUGCUCUUCGCGUAUGACCUCGCCGAGCUGGGCCUCAACCGCGGCGCCCCCGUUACGGUGUUCUCCUUCGGCGGGCCGAGGGUCGGGAACGCCGCCUUCAAGGCCCGGUGCGACGAGCUGGGCGUCAAGGCGCUGCGCGUGGCGAACGUCCACGACCCCAUCACCAAGCUCCCGGGCAUCUUCCUGAACGAGGCCACCACGGGGGUGCUCCGCCCGUGGCGCGCCUCCUGCUACACCCACGUCGGCGUGGAGCUCCCGCUCAACUUCGUCAAGGUCGGCGACCUCGCCAGCGUCCACGACCUCAGCACCUACGUCGCAUUGCUCAAGAGCGGCGGCGACAAGCAGGCCGCCGCGCCCAGGUCGGCACCCGACGGCGGCGUGCUGGCCAGGGUGAUGGAGUUCGUGGGGCGGCAGCGCGCGGGCGCCGUGCCGUGGCAGGACGCCGCCCUGCAGAUGGGCGGCCUGGUGCAGACCCUGGGGCUGAUCUGAGGUGACGGACCGGCCGGCCGGCCGUCAGGAUUAACCAACCGGCCAGCGAUACUCUUAAUAGACAAUUUAAUUUCUGGAGGAUUUCAGGUGCUUUUUUAGCCGAUUUCUUCUGUAUAGAUCGAUCGAUUAACGUAACCCGAUCGUCGUAGAAGCACGAUCAAAAGGCAAUUCUUUGUUCAUUUCGUUUUUUGUUGGCACAGACACCGUGUACAGCUAGGCAGCUAGUGACCAUGUAUGUAAA